CUCCCCACUGGCUGACUUGGUUCCAUGAAAGAAUUCCAUGUGGCAACGUGAGCUGACGUCACACUGGUGUUUCCCAGUCAGAACCCAAACAUUCUGUAGUGAGAAGAGCUCCUUAGUUCCUCAGAGAAAUAUAGGACAGAUGCUAGCCUACAACUAAAUACUUCCUUUCACCCAUAUGAUAACAAACUAGCAGUUUUGGAAUGAUGGACAAGGUUCAAAGUUCUUUCGCCAUUUUAUUUUUGUUUUUAAUGGAAUUCCCACUUCAUUUGUGCUUGCCUUAUGCAGGUGAGUUCAAACCAGCUGGACAAACAACACACGUAAUGGGUUAUAUACAGUCACAAAGACCCACAAAUGUCACCGAAAAGCCCACACUGUACGCUAAGGAAUUUCAAUUAUCUCAUGUUCAAGGAGCUUUCUCAAAACACAGAGCUCCAGCACGUACUACACCCACGCCAUUCCCAGGGCGUACUGAUAAUGGGAGAAGUGGUACACCUGAGCCUACAAAAAGCAUCCAAGGUUUUGUAGCACAUUCAGUGGGCCUAAAUACCAACCACAAUACAGGUUUGCGGAAUUCAGUGAUUCCUCAUAGACCUGCUCUUGUUCAAGUAAUUACAAUUGCGUGUAUAGCCUUCAGUAUUGCCCUGAUAUGUGGGAUCACUAUUUCCUACAUGAUAUAUCGAAUGGUACAGGCUGAGGAAAAACAACAACUUGCGUCACUCUAUGAAAAUGUCAAGAUACCAUUAUUAGGAGAGGAAGAGGAGGGCUCUGAGGACGAGUCCACGCGCCUCCUUCCAGAGAGGGAGAAGGAGCUGGAGAAGUUCAUUCAUUCAGUCAUUAGAUCAAAAAGAAGAAAACAUAUGGAAAAGAAGAGAUUGAACACACAGCAAAAGUUGGUAAAGGAAGUGGAAAUAAAGGAUGCUAUACAUACCGCAAAUCCGGGGCUUCUGUGAAAAGAAAUGAAAGAGAGGCAGGACAUGCCAGCCAGUGUGGAGGAAACAGUGACAGAUGACAGAAUGUGAGCAUGACUUGCUCCUGGAGAACCUUGUGCAAGAGCACUCUAAAGGAAGAACACCAGACGUAAAAACA